GUUUAAGCCCUGCAAACCGAGGCAUUUGGACCUCCAAUUCGUGGUGAGAGUAGCUGACUUGGCUUGUUGGUCGUCGUGGUGUCCUUGGCGGAUGAUGGCAAGCGUGCCACGGUGUGUCGAAAUCCGUGAUCCUUCAGAGCUCCGAGGAGCUGCUGUGGUAUAGCUCCCUUCAAUUACCUCCUCUCUCUUACAUUUGCUCUAAAACUUUGCAGUGUCAGGACCUGCCGCCUCCGCCUCGUCGAGAGGUGAGCCUACCUCCUACUUGGCACUUGGCUCUCUCACUGUGCAUGUGUGCAGACGGGAACAGAUACUUUGGUGGUCUGUGGCACUAGACUGUCUUCACGCGGGGAAGGCGAGCGGGAGGUCCCGUCGCGACGAAUGCAAUCACGUGGCGAGCUGCCAAGAGGAACAUCGCGUUAUACCUCGCCAGGGACAUGGACAUUACAUGGACAGACAUGGGACUUAUCAUCGUCACUAGCCCUGGAGGUGGCCCCAGUCGGCAAGCAGUGCAAGGACGCAAAGGCGUGCUUGGAAGACUUGCCAAGACACGCUGCCAGACUGGCUAGCCAAACUCAAAACCUUGAAAGCGUUAAGAUGAUAUCUUGGCGUCCGGAACGGGGAGCACGUUGUCGUUAGCGUGCCUCCUACAGUCAUCGGUAAGCUGGAGGUGUACCUCCUACCUAGGCUAGGAGGUAUGAUGGCGCCCUCUGACCACAUUACGCUAUCCUCCUCGGAUGGCGUCGCUGCCGCCCUCAACCCUAAACGGUGCCCAUUGCCCAGCUGUGCCAAUUCCGUGGCUUCUCAAAUACCGUCAACCGACUCAACCGUCUCUCCCUCUGGCGAGUCUGGUGCGAGGUAAUGAGGAUGAGGUACCUCCUCCCUCCAAGCGGAGCGGGCGAGCGUUGCUGCUGAUUCACCACUACCCGCCCGCACCUGGCCUUGGCAACAAUGACCGCGCCUUUCAUCUGGGCACGGGCACACGCGCGGUUGAGAUGAGUGAGGCGUUGCCCAGAACUCCCCAUCAUCCUUCCCCUGUUCGUUGCCUGUCGACGGCACUGGCACUGGCAGAGGCUCAGACCAUACCAAAGCAUAUCCCAUCUCACAUGUAGCCUGAUGUAGCAUACUUGUACCCACUAGUCAUUGCUACCGGCUUGGCUAUUGCUGUGCGGGAGACUGAGGAGACUGGCAUCUCACGACCCAGAUAUAAGUAGCCGCUCUUCGCUGUUGUGUUGGCUCGCUCAUCCUGCACUCCACUACCUCUCCUCCUCCCUGGCAUCCCGACUACCUGACCUGACCUACAUCCACCUCCUACCAAUCAGAAUCCUCCAGCAGUCAUCAUGAAGACCUCAGUGAUCCUCACCUCUUUGCUCGCCGGCCUGGCCAUGGCCCUCCCAGAGCCAACCAAGAAGGAGUACAAGGGCACACCAGCAAAGCCCAAAUACGACGACGACUGUGACUCCAAGGGCUACACCAAGGGUGCCAAGGGAUUCCCCAUCCCAUUCACCAGCACCUACCGAGUGAAGGCUGUUCCCGGUGAGGUCGUCAACGCGAACAACACCCUCACCGGCGGUCUCCCUGGCGCCGUGGGAUUCUACGACUUUGGCAUCAACACGGAGCUCGAGACCAUCUGCUACUACAUCCGCCUCUACAACGUCCGUGGCGAAUACUUCUCGCCCGCUCGCACCGCAACGCACGUUCACGCUGGUGUCAAGGGCAUGACCGGCCCACCACGACUUGCAUUCCCCAACCCACAGCCCGUGGCGGGUAAGAACUACCGCGUGUCGGUCGGCUGCAUGACCGGACCCUUCACCACCGGUCUGACCAACAACUCUACUGGUACGCCCGUCGACACUGGAGUUGGCUUCACGCUUUCCCAAAUCGAGGCCAACCCCAAGGGAUUCAACGCCGAUUUCCACACCAACUUCACGGACAUGGCCCAGGGCAUCAACGCUGUGCCAGGUGCUGCCCGUGGUCAGCUCGCAUAGACGAACAUGAUGAGGGAGUGCGGUACGGAAGUCGAGGAAUAUGCAUGGUCGGGAGAACAGCCGGACACUGCAUCGAAUGUCAAUGACAGUUUCUAUCAUCGUCGAAGCAGGUAAUCUGCCGUGCUCGCCGAGUUUCGUACUUUUUUCCAUCUUCCUUGCGCAGCAAAACCGAGGGGGAUGUAUUUGUUUUAGAGAUAUUGGACAUAAUGUAUACUGUACCAAUUGUCAACAGAUCUUUCCAUUUUCACUUGGAGCACCUCGCUCUGCAUAUCUGAUAGAGUAAUGAUGAUUUCUCUA